AUGUGGGUUCUCUUGCUAACCGCUGGUUCUUCUACCCGUAGGCUAUCAGAUCAUCACAAACGCCACUUGCGCCUACCCCUCCCUGUCCGGCGUCGACAUCCCAGGCAACUACGUGACGCAGGCCAUGCUCUCCUCCUUGAACCCCUUAGAGGCAGGUCCCGGAACCGGCUGGGCAAACUACAGCAGCGUGGUCGAGCAAGGGCGCGACGUGGUGCACUGGGGGGGGGGGGGGGGGUGUGGAGUGUCGUGGUAGCUAGCACGCUCGGCUUGGUCCUCGCUCUGUAG